AUGUUGCUAGCCACGGAAAGGGUGGACGACGGGAUGGAAGUGGAACGGGGUCGAUUCUUCGUUUUUAUUCCUCGAUGGUUUCGACUUUACGUUGAUGGAUACUUCACGAAAAUCCUCGGAAAUUGGUCGGAACGAACCGGUUGGCUGUUCGACAGCCGCUAUGCAAACAAAUGGGAGUUUGACAUCGAUCCUGAAGCGGACGAUCUGGCCGGAUUGCAUCUGCGGGUGGUCGUUUACUUGGAGGAGCCAUUCGUGAUGAAGAACUCAACAAACCACUACGAAGGAUUCUGCAUAGAUUUGCUCAAUGAAAUGGCAGCGAUCCUCAAAUUCAACUACACCAUCAUAGAAGUACAAGAUGGCAGUUAUGGUAUCGAGGAUGACAAAGGUCGGUGGAAUGGUAUUAUUGGAGUACUGCAACGACACGAAGCGGAUGUGUCUGUAUCGGCGGUUACGAUCACAUAUAGUCGGGUAGAGGUGGUUGAUUUCACUCUUCCUUUCAUGCAUUUGGGUAUUUCGAUUCUUCUGGCCAGGACGAAAGAAGACUCUGAAAAGAGCUCACUUUUUACGUUCCUGGAGCCACUUUCUCUGCCCGUAUGGCUUUCAUUGAUAGGCGCCUAUCUUUCGGUCUCUUUUACUAUGUACCUGUUGGCUAGAUUCAGUCCGUACGAAUGGUACGACAUUGAGAAGAUCGAUGAGCGAGAUCAUAGUAUUGAAAACCAGAAGAAUCAAUUCAGUGUGUUGAAUUCCCUAUGGUUUGCUGUUGGAUCGUUAAUGCAGCAGGGCAGUGAUGUAAUCCCUAGAGCUGCUGCUACUCGGGUGGUGGCGGUGAUAUGGUGGAUGUUCACUCAGAUCCUCAUCUCAUCGUACACUGCUCAGUUGGCUGCGUUUUUAACCGUUGAACGAAUGUCAACACCUAUAGAAAGUACCGCCGAUUUGGCAAGUCAACAAAAGAUUCGUUACGGGACUCUGAAAAGUGGGAGUACGAUGGAUUUCUUUCGAGAGAGCCGGAUACCCAUCUAUGAGCGCAUGUGGUCCGUCAUGGAAUCCUCCUCUCCCCCUGUUUUUGUAAACAGUUCCAAAGAGGGUAUUGCUCGGGUCAAAGCUGGUAACUACGCGUACAUGAUGGAAUCCUCGAUGCUUGAGUACUACAUGGAGAGAGAUUGUCAGUUACAAAGUAUAGGUGGACUUUUAGACUCCAAAGGCUACGGCAUAGCGCUGCCAAAAGGCUCGCCUUUGAGAGACCUACUCUCUCGCACAGUGCUUCAGCUUCAGGAGAGAACCAUAUUAGAAGCGCUGAAAAAUAAAUGGUGGCGCGAUAUGAGAGAAGGCCCAUCGUGCGCUCCUCCUGCAGAAACAUCCAGAACAUCACCUCCACAAAGCGUUUUUGGCAUCUUCUAUGUGCUCGCUACGGGACUCGUCAUUGCGCUUUUAAUGGCGCUCGGAGAAUUCUGUAUAGAAUCAAGACAUGACACAUUCCGACUCAAGCUCACUGUGUUAGGAAAGAUCCGCGACUGGUGGUUAGGCCUUUCCGGACCAGAAAAAGCUCUGAAAGCGCGUAAUAAACUUCGUAACAUGCAGUUGGAUACUGCUGGUCAGCCGCUUCCAAGUGUAAAACGAUGA